CGAAGAGAAGGUGGCAACUGUGGAGUAACGGAGACCGUUUGACAUGUCCAGUGUAUCCAGAAGCAAUCUCCGUUUGCUGGCUGGAAAGGGCAUCUUUUGUUUUGGUUACGUACAGAAAUCCUAUACACAAGAAACGUUAGUCCAGCCCAAAUAUUCGACGACAUGGAUUCUCGAGGUGACACGGAUUAUAUUGCCCGGUGCGAGCUACACGCCCUCCAUGCGACGCACGGGGAGCUGUGAACAUCGACGGGCAUGGAAAUCGCUAGAGCGCGAGACGGGUCGCCAGUCGGCGGAGGAGGUGUGGGCUGCUUGCCCCAUAAUCCGAUCCCACUCGAGUCUGCUUUUGUGAUAGAUUUUUUCGAGAUGAUGGAGCCGCUUAGCGUCAGCGUUAUCGAGCUUCCACAGAGCGGUGUCGUCUGACAGCGGCUGGGCGCAACGAAAACCACCGACCAACGCUACACCGGUGGGACGAUAGACAUUGCGCGAACCUUCAGUCCUGUCGUUGCUUACAAUUGGAUAACCCGGU